UGCUUUAAUGCGAAACGUAAUUAACCCGGAAAAAAGAGCCGAGAGACAAGAGAGAAGGAGGGGUGGGGGUGAGGGGGAGAAGAGCGAGAGGAGCGAGAGGCCCCGAGAGUUUGGCAGCGAGAUAAAGAAAUCCCCCGAGAGCGACGGCCCGGCCGGGCGGAGAGGCGCGUCCCACCCCGAUGUAACCCACCCUGCCCGAGCCCCGGCCGCCGCACGGCGGGGGUGAUGUGAGCAGAGCCCAGGAAUGCCUUAUGUGGAUCGACAGAACCGAAUCUGUGGGUUUCUGGACAUCGAGGAGAAUGAGAACAGUGGCAAGUUUCUACGGAGGUACUUUAUUCUGGACACCCAGGCCAACUGCCUUCUCUGGUACAUGGACAACCCCCAGAACCUGGCAAUGGGGGCAGGAGCCGUUGGAUCUUUGCAGCUGACCUACAUCUCGAAGGUGAGCAUAGCUACUCCGAAGCAGAAACCCAAAACUCCAUUUUGCUUUGUCAUCAAUGCCCUCUCUCAGAGGUAUUUUCUUCAAGCUAAUGACCAGAAGGAUCUGAAGGACUGGGUGGAAGCCCUGAACCAAGCCAGCAAGAUCACCGUACCCAAAGUUGGGAACCUGGCCUUGACUACCGAAGUUAUAAAAAGCCUACCAGCUCCUCCAGCCCUAGAGAAGAAGCCGCAGGUGGCCUAUAAGACAGAGAUCAUCGGAGGGGUGGUGGUACACACGCCCAUCAACCAGAAUGGUGGGGAUGGGCAGGAAGGGAGUGAGCCCGGGUCCCACGCCAUCCUUCGAAGGUCUCAGAGUUACAUCCCCACGACAGGCAGCCGUGUUCCCUCCGGGCCCCCCCUCAUUAAGAGCGGCUACUGUGUGAAGCAAGGGAAUGUGCGGAAGAGCUGGAAACGUCGCUUCUUUGCACUUGAUGACUUUACUAUCUGCUACUUCAAGUGUGAGCAGGACCGAGAACCACUGCGCACUAUAUUUCUCAAGGACGUUCUCAAGACCCAUGAGUGUCUGGUCAAAUCUGGUGAUCUCUUAAUGAGGGACAACCUGUUUGAAAUCAUAACAAGCUCCAGGACCUUCUACAUACAGGCGGACAGUCCAGAAGACAUGCACAGCUGGAUUAAGGAGAUCGGGGCAGCUGUUCAGGCCCUCAAGUGCCACCCCAGAGAUAUGUCCUUUUCUAGAUCCAUCUCUUUGACUCGCUCUGGAAGCUCUGGCCUCUCAGGGGGGCCCAACUCUGUCCUGUGUAGGGGGCGGCCACCUAUGGAAGAGAAAAAAGCUCUCUGCAAAGCCCCCUCUGUGGCUUCCUCCUGGCAACCCUGGACCCCCGUCCCACAGGCCGGGGACAAGCUGCUUCCAGCUGAAGAGACUCCUGGGGACUCUUUGUUCAUGCCCCGGCUUGGGGAGAGCAGUACUUCUGGGGUGUUGCCCAGCUCCCGGAUAAGGCACAGGUCGGAGCCCCAGCACCCCAAGGAGAAACCAUUUCUGUUCAGCCUUGAUGAUGAGAGCAUACGGACUUCUGAUGUGUGAUAGGGCACAGUGCCCUGGGAGGGGGGAGGACUCAAGAAAAGGAGGCCAUGACUCAGUUUCCCUACAUUUUGGAGGACAGUCAGAGACCCUUUGGCACUCAUAUUCCUGUGGAUGCUAUGUGGGAGGGGCCCAUCCAGCUGGCCUGU